AAAACAAUAAUGCUCGGUAAUAGACACACUGAGGGGGAAGGUAAUGGCUCUGAAUUAGCAGAUUCAGCUACUUGUCAGAGUUUUAUCAACAUGUGACCUCCUCCUUUAAAGGGUAUGCUGUCAUGGGAAUUUAACAAGAGAAAGUAGGAGUGACUGAUGGAGGUGGAGAAAGGGCAGUUGGACAGGAAGUUUGGAGAAAAAAAAGUAGUUUAAAAACUGAAAGGAAGAUGCAGAAAUACUUGGUAGAUGAGCAGAGAAGACGGUUAGAAAAGGAAAGAAUUUGUGGAAAAAUAAGCACAUAUGAAGGUGUGUCUGCUGGCGGACCGAAUUCAGCUCCUUCAGCUCCUGGUGGAAAUAAUCACAGUCAGAAAAGACUGAGAUGAUGUGGACAGCAGCUGUCCUCCUGCUGCUUUUGCCUUCGCUUCUUUCCUACGCAGACAAAGAGAACAGAGGUAAUAUAAACCAAUCAGAAUUAGUCGAUCGAGAUUUCUCUGAUGUUCCUGUCAAAGGUCAAAGACCUCUCGGUGAAGUCAAAGGUCAGGACUCAUGCACCAUCCCGUGUGACAUCACUGUCAAGCUCCUGCGAGAUGAGAAACAAUCCAUUUGUGGUCAGCUGCAGCAGUCUUUGCUUGCGUUUGGACGCAGCAACAGAAAACUGAUGAGGGAUGUGAAGGAGGCGCAACAGAGAGCUCUGGACAUCCUAAGCAGUCAGGUCACAGAGUUGAUGACCAAAGUGCAGACGCUCAGCUUGGAAGUUCAGAGGAGCAACACUGAGAUGUACUCCAUGAAACCCGUACAAUCUCAUGGACGAGACUGCAGCGACAUCAAGGACAACCUCGUGUCAGUCGUCCCCAAGAUCCCGAGUGGCAUUUACAUAGUCCACCCAGAGAACACUGACUCUUCAUUUGAGGUUUUCUGUGAGAUGGACUAUAUGGGAGGCGGAUGGACGGUGAUGCAGAGGAGGAGUGACGGUUUAACUGACUUCAAAAGAUCCUGGGAUGGCUAUGUCGAUGGCUUUGGACACCUUGCAGGAGAACACUGGUUGGGCCUGAGGAAGGUGUUUCACAUAGUAAACCAGAAGGAUACUCGAUUCCAGCUUCACAUUGCUCUAGUCUCCCAUGAUGAUGUCACCUCUUAUGCAUCGUAUGAUGACUUCCGCCUUGACAGCGAAACGCAGUUCUUCAGCAUACACCUGGGCAGAUACGCAGGUAGUGCAGGUGAUGCAUUUCGAGGCUACGACCAGGAACAGAACCAAGACACGGCACCGUUCAGCGCCUCAGAUGUCGACAACGAUGGCUGCAACCCUUUCUGCUCCAUUGGCAAUUGCACGGUGGAGAGCUGCAGCAUUCACCACAACCACACGGGGUGGUGGUUCAAUCAGUGCGGUCUGGCAAAUCUCAACGGCUCUCCCGAAGACACAGAGCGAAACCAGGGGCAGAGGACGCACAUCGUGUGGGACACCUGGAGACACAACGGAGUCCCCUACACCAUCAAAUCUGUCACCAUGAAGAUCAGGAGGAUUGCAACCAAUAAUUGAGAGAUGAUGGGAAGAAAUGCAUCAUUGCAAUGCAUGACUGAAAGCUUCAUUAAAACAGAAUAUAGUUCUUCUGGAUUCCCAUUUUCACCGUGACCAACAUAAAAUAAAAUAAAAUC